AGAGGCAGUUGUUGCAGCUAGAGAGACAACAGACUUAUCUUAUCAACAAACUCCAAAACACUAUGGUGACUUUAGAGGGCAAGGUAAGGGGUUUAGAGAGAAUUGUCGAAGACAUGGGAAGAGAUCUUUCGACUGCUGGAUUUGGCAAAUCUAAGAGCUUUGCUAACUAUCCUUGUACUGGAAAGUAUAAUGGCCGAGCUCCAGGAGACAGAGACUCGCAACCUGAUGGAGCUGUGAGGGAGACGAUGUUGAAUUCUGACAUACCUUCACAUGUUGCUUCCAGAAACGGACAAGGUGGGACAAGAUCACCACGGUCAGAACAACAUGAGAAUGAUGGUGCAGUCACUAGACCAACCUCAAUUGCUGCUGUCCCUGAAGAUGAUAAAAACAAAGGGCAGGAACUCGUCGAUGUACGAACCUCAUAUAGCAAGGCAAUAUACUCACUCCAAGCUGGUGACAUCAAUUCUGCUUACGCAGAAGUUUUUGGCUUGGGUAACAUGAUGUUGAUCAUCUUUCUGAUGCAGCGCGCACACAUGACCCAUUAUUAGCCAUAUGUCUAAUGAGAUUGCAAAUGAAGCUCUAAACUUCAU